AUGGAGGAGCUUCAGGAUGCCAUCGAGGAUGCCCAAUAUGUAAAUGCUAUUGCGACGCAGGAGGAAGGACCAAGGCCUGUUCUGGCUUGGGAUAAACCAACUGAUGAGCAACUUGCUAUAUGGGAAGCUGACACAAGAAGGAAAGCAUCUCCCAAUGGUCCCAAACCAUUUAGUACCGAUUGGUCUCUGCAAUCAGCGAUUGGCUUGUUCCUCUUUUCAGCGUACCUAAAAGAGAUAUGCGACGAUUUUCAUAGGAUCAAUUUCGUGGAGGACGUGAUACGGUGGAAGGGGAUGAGGGAAAAGCGCAAAUUUGAAAAGGCAGUGGAAAUUUAUGAAACGUACCUCGCUGAGUACAAAAUUGAUCAACAAACUGGUGCCAAGAUAAAUCCACCAAAGACUCAAAUCACAGAAUUGGACUUGUCAAGAGAAGUUCCAGGCAUUGACUAUGAUGAUACUCAAUUUUUGUACGCAUCAACGGUGGAUCCAACGUAUGCUCAUAACUGUUUGGGCCUGAAAGGGAGCAUUAUUCGCGAGGUUUCAGAGACGAUCAACAGUCGGGAGGAUGAAAUGAAGGCGAGCGGAGUUCCGUCGGAAGUGAAUGGUGGAAGUUCAGCAUCAAUGCGACUUGCCAAAGAAAAGCGAUACGAAUCGCUUAGAGAAUUGACGCAAACAUGGAGGCAGAAAGAGAAUCCAGAUGCUUGCUUACCCCAGACUCUGUUUGACAAGGCAGAAGUUGUGGUAGUGGAGUCUUUACGGAGACAACAUUGGAAGGGAUUUGUAGAGUCGGAGUACUUUAGAAAGUUCAGAAAUUUCUUGUGGUUCCAAGAUAGAGCAGUGGUUCCAGAUGAUUUCUUCAACAUGCGAGUCCUCGGUAGAGGGGGCUUUGGGUCAGUGAUUGCAUGCAAACGGGGUGUUUCAGGGAAGCUUUACGCGAUGAAAGUUAUGGACAAGAAGAGAAUCAAGCUGAAGAAAUCUGAGUUGUUGACAGUCAACGAAAGGGUCUCACUUGCUGCUGUCGAGUCCCCAUUUGUUGUCAACUUGAAGUACUCCUUUCACACACAAGAAUCCAUAUUCUUAAUUCUUGAUCUUAUGACUGGUGGUGAUCUUGGAUACCACCUGCAACAAAAGGGCAAAUUUCCAAAGAAAGAGUGCCUGUACUACGCUGCCAGAAUUAUGCUGGGUCUGCAAGCCCUGCAUGAUGAAGGGUAUGUUUAUAGAGACCUAAAGCCCGAAAAUUGUCUGCUAGAUGAGGAUGGAAAAGUAAAGAUAACAGACCUUGGUCUUACAACGAAAAUAACGCCUACGCUACAUGGUGCUGCAGGAACGAGAGGGUACUGGGCACCUGAGAUGCUGCGGAGGGACAAGAAAGGAAAGCGAAUGGCCUAUGGUCAUACAGUUGACUGGUUCAGUUAUGGAUGCUGUGUAGCGGAAUUCAUAUCAGGUGCUAACCCCUUCCGGUCAGAGGCGGCAUUGAGUUUUGGUUUGGAAGCAGGAAUGGAAACGAAGGAAAAAGCAAUUGAUCAUGCAACACUGGAAAUGCACCCCGAUUUCCCAGACAGCUUGUUCGAAAAGGAUGCUGCAGAUCUGUGCGCGAAAUUAUUGGAAAAAGACGAGAAAAAAAGACUGGGGACGCAAGGGUGUGAGGAAAUCAUGGCUCACCCUUGGUUCAAGAACUUGAACUGGGAGUCAAUCAUAACAGACCAGAAGAAACCACCAUACACUCCACCAAAAGAUGUCAAUGCUGCGCCACAAAGCGAGAUUGGUACCUUCCACGAGGAUAAAAAGCACCAAGAGACGGUACUGGAGUUAAAGGACGAAAGAUACUACAAGGACUGGGAUUGGACCAACCCAAACGCAUAUGCAGCUGAGGUUAUUGAAUUCCUGAUCUACGAACGAGAGACUGGCGAACCUCUAUUACCCGUGUCCCAAAAUACUGGCUGUUGCUGCAUAAUUAUGUGA